AUGUCUUCCACUGUUGUUUCUGCUGACAGAGAAGACGUCAUUACGAUGCCAGUACAACUGCUGCGGCAACCACUACGACAGGAACAAAAAGAAUUCUCUUAUACUACUUUUACUAAUCUUCAUCAACAUCACUCUCUUACUCCUCCUUUAAUUUCUUCACCUUCAAUAACUCUUCCUUCCCCAAUAUCUCUUAAUUCUCUUAAUUCAUCCACUACAUUUAAUUCAAUUGAUUCAAAUAUAUCAGAUGAACUUUGGUUUGACUCAUCACCUAUUGAACCUUUAUCACCUUCUAAUGAUAAUAAAUACUGCAACUACAAUAAAACAGGAGAAGAGGAUGAAUAUAUUAAUAAUAAGCGCGAAGAUGUUGUUUCUAGUUUUAACAAAGAAAUAUCAUCUCCACAACCUUUAAAAGUAAUCGAUUCUUCAAAUUUAAUGAGAGUACAAGCUUUGAAUAAUCCUAAUUCUCCUCCUUCUUCCCUUAUUCCUACUCAAACUUCUUCUUCACAUCACCAUCAACGAUCAAUUAAUUCACAAUCAAUUCAACAACUACAAAAAAUACAACAAAGUUUUCCAAAUAUUUCAAAUAUUUCAAAUAAUUUAAGUAUUCCAAAUGCUUCAAGUAUGUCAAAUGGUCAUCACCAUGAUAUUCAUAAUGUUCCUCGAAAUUUUAAUAGUCACAAUAUUCACAAUAUUCAUAAUGUACAUAUUAUUCAUAAUUCUGUUCCUUCUUCUUCUGGUGGUUAUGGAGGGAAUAGCUUAACAAAUAAAUUAUUAGAAUGUGAUCAAUGUAUUCAGGCUAUUUCUUCUCCUUCCCCUUCUCCUUCUAUUAAUUCUAAUACCUUCUCUUCCAAAAACAAAUUCGAAAUCAACAACAAAAAUAACAAAAAAAUCAACAAUUUAAUGGUAAUAAACGAUUAUGUUAAUACUACAAAUACCAAGAAAAGACGACAAACCCCCGCUUGGAGAAGAGAUCUUCAAGGCGAAGCUUUACUUUGUAAUGCUUGUGGUUUAUAUUUAAAAGUAAAAAAUUGUCAAAGACCAACCGAAUUAGGACCUGAUGGUGAAAUAAGAUUAGUAAAAAUAGAAAGACCCGGAAAUGGUCAACCCAAAUGUUCAAAUUGUAAUACCACCGAUACGCCUUGUUGGAGAGGUCCGGAAGGUGGUAAAUUAUGUAACAAAUGUGGAUUAUAUCUUAAACAACAUGGUAAUCAACGUCCGAUUAGUUCAAAUAGAAGAAUGUGA